AGCAGGAGGUGUAGUCCGGGUGGGAGGCGACAGAACGAACCAGCACCAGAAACCACACAGAGACUGGCUCUAAUGCUCCCAAACCCCCAGAGGAGAAACUUGUCAGAGUUAACCAACCAACAUUACUGUUCAUCAUGGAGUCCAACGCCAGCGGCCUGGUCCAGAGGUUGGCUGCAGCCGGCCAGUCUCACCUCCUGCAGUUCUGGGAGGAGCUGAGCCCCGAGGAGCAGGCCCAGCUGACCCUUGACCUCCAGGGGAUGGACCUCCAGGAGAUCAACGGCUUCUUUGAGAGGGCCAUGAAGAUGUCCAGCGGCAUCAAACAGGAGAAGAUGGACGCCCGCAUGGAGGCGGUGCCGCGGGAGGUGCUGGGGAGCGUGACCAGGGACCGAGACAGCCUCAAAGACUGGGAGCUGCAGGGUCUGCAGUGCAUCUCUGGGAGUAAAGUGGCGGUGCUGCUGCUGGCCGGGGGCCAGGGGACCAGACUGGGGGUCUCUUACCCCAAAGGCAUGUACGACGUGGGGCUGCCGUCCCACAAAACCCUCUUUCAGAUCCAGGCCGAGCGCAUAUUGAAGCUGCAGCAGCUGGCUGAGCAGAAACACAACGUCAAGUGCUGUAUUCCCUGGUACAUCAUGACCAGUGGGAGGACGAUGGGCUCCACUAAGGACUAUUUCUCUCGACAUCACUACUUCGGCUUGGACAAGAACAACAUCAUCUUCUUCCAGCAGGGCAUGCUGCCGGCCAUGGACUACAGCGGCAAGAUCAUCCUGGAGAGCCGAGCCAAGCUGUCCAUGGCCCCCGACGGGAACGGGGGUCUGUACAGAGCUCUGGGGAACCAGGGCAUCAUGGAGGACAUGGAGCGGAGAGGGAUCGAGUUCAUCCAUGUGUACUGUGUGGACAACAUCCUGGUCAAAGUGGCCGACCCCUCCUUUAUCGGUUUCUGUGUGAAGAAGGGAGCCGACUGUGGAGCUAAGGUGGUGGAGAAGACCAACCCGACGGAGGCGGUGGGCGUGGUCUGUAAGGUGGACGGGCUCUACCAGGUGGUGGAGUACAGCGAGAUCACCUUGGCAACGGCCGAGAAACGCAGCGACGACGGCCGACUGAUGUUCAACUCAGGAAACGUUGCCAAUCACUUCUUCAGCUUCUCCUUCCUCAGAGACGUCGUACAGAAGUACGAGCCACAGCUGCAGCACCACGUGGCCCAGAAGAAGAUCCCUUAUGUGGACGGCAAGGGUCAGCAAAUCAAACCAGACAAACCAAACGGGAUUAAAAUGGAAAAGUUCGUCUUUGACAUCUUCCAGUUCGCCAGGACCUUCGUGGUGUACGAGGUUCUGCGGGAGGACGAGUUCUCCCCGCUGAAGAACGCAGACAGUCAGGAUGCGAAGGACACGCCCACCACGGCCAGACACGCCCUCAUGUCCCUGCACCACCGCUGGGUGCUCAACGCUGGAGGACACUUCAUCGAUGAGAACGGCAGACACGUCCCCGCCAUCCCCAGAGACGGAGCGCCGAGCACCACAAACCUGAAGGACGGAACCGACCUGCCAAUCAAGUGUGAGAUCUCCCCAUUGGUGUCCUACGGGGGAGAGGGUCUGGAAGAUCUGGUGAAGGGACGAGAGUUUCAGCCAAACCUGAUGAUCGACCAGAGCGGAGUCCACGAGCUGGUGAAGAACGGAGUGUAGACAACAAGAAAGAGAGAGAGAAAAGAGAGAGAGACAACCCAAAGACCAACCUCCAUUUGUCUCUUCAACAUUUGAGGGGGGGAACUGUGAUGUCACCACUGUGCAAUAAUAACAAAAAUAAUCGCGUGCAUGAGUUCAUGAAAGAGGCUCCAAAAAAAAUGAAUGAACGAGCGAGAUGAAGUUUACUUUUCAAAGUUUUCUCUGCUUUUUUUUUUGUGUUGAUGUUUUACUUUAGUUCUUAUUUGUUUUUAAGAGCACUUGAACACGACAACAAUUAGAUGAAGGACGAAAUCCCUGUCACACGACUGGACGAAGCAGUCUUCAGGUGCAUCUAUUUAUUUUGCUUAUGAGACUUAUUUUUAUAUGUAGUGAUGGAUGCAACAUAUAGGUGGAAAAACUGGCAUCGAGUCAUUUUACCAGGUGAUUUUUAUAUGACAUAGGACGAUGGGAAGCUGUUUCUAAACUAGCAUGUAAUCAAGGUACAUGGUGCGGCUGUGGGGGGGUAUUUAUAAUAUCGGCUUCUUUCUGCUUGUAAUCAUUGAAGAUUAGAUAUUAUUCAGCUUUAAGAGACGCUUUGAUUUUUAUCAUCUUUAUUAAAGAAAUUUCUUAACUGGAAAACCCUCUGAUUUGUGUUGGUUUUUUUAUUCAUUUAAAAUUAAUUUUGGUAAGUUUUCUGGCA